AUGAGUGCCUUGAAAAGUUUUGAUGCGUUCCCCAAGACUGAUGAAGAAUAUACUAAGAAAUCUACCAAAGGUGGGUUGAGUACCAUAGCAACGUACCUAUUUUUGCUUUUCAUUGCAUGGAGCGAGUUUGGUAGUUAUUUUGGUGGAUUUGUUGAACAGAAAUAUGUGGUGGAUAAUCAAGUGAGAGAAGUCACUGAAAUUAACCUAGACAUUUAUGUUAAUACUACUUGUAGACUACUAGAUGUUCGUGUCUUUGAUGAGACAAAGGAUAUGAGAAUGGUUUCUGAAGAGUUAAGUUUUGAAGAUAUGGUGUUCUUUAUCCCUUUUGGAGUCAAAGUAAACCUUAUGAAUGAGAUUGUCACCGCUGAUAUUGACAAAAUAUUAAGUGAAGCUGUACCUGCACAAUUCGGCCCCAGAGUCGAUUCAAGAGAAUUUCUUAAUCAAGGGACAGAUGAUGUUGCACUUCCCCUGGAGUAUUCUGCAUGCCAUAUUUUUGGUUCCAUCCCAGUUAAUCGUGUUGCUGGUGAAUUUCAAAUAACAACAAUAGAUAGACAUCAACCUAUUGAAAAUGUAGUUGAUUUUACACAUGUGAUUAAUGAAUUUUCCUUUGGUGAUUUUUUCCCCUACGUUGAUAACCCAUUGGAUAGUACUGCCAAAUAUGUUCCUGAUGAAAAAUUAACAUCUUAUCAAUAUCAUUUAUCUGUGGUCCCCACCAUAUAUAAUAAGAUGGGGGUUCUAAUAAACACAAAUCAAUAUUCCCUAAGUGAAUAUCAUUACAAGAACAUUACAAAUGCUAAUGAUAAGAAUUCGCCAGGUAUCUUUAUCAAAUACAAUUUUGAAUCCCUAACUAUCAUUGUCAAUGAUAGACGUCUUGGAUUCACUCAAUUUCUAAUAAGAUUGAUUGCCAUAUUAUGCUUCGUUGUAUAUAUGGUCUCGUGGCUGUUUAGAGUAAUUGAUAAGACAUUGGUCUUUCUCUUGGGGCCUAGGUGGUCCUUACGAUAUUACACAGAUGGUCCUCAACAGGAGGGACCUCUCAAAAUAUAA